GUUUCCCGUGUGGGUUAAUGGCUCCUCCUGCUGUAGACAGAGACAGAGUUUGCACCGAGCAGUGGAACGGGGGAAGCUGUGACACAACGUAGAGAAGAAAAAACGCAACUUAACCCCCAAAGCUUGUUUUUUCCCCCCAGCAAAACUGUUUUUUGUUUCGCGUGAAAGAGGCUGUCUCGGUGGCACUUGGGGUUGACGGCUAAUUUUAGCGGCGGGUGGUCGAGGACAGCGGUCUAUUUUUCGACGACCAACUCCCCAGAUGAACUCCGUCAGGGCUACCAACAGAAGACCAAGGCGAGUGUCGAGGCCGCGCCCGGUACAACCCGAACGGAACAACGCCGAAAGAGAUGAAGAGGCUCCUGCAGCAGCUGCAGCAGAGAUGGCUAUUGAAGAGUCCGGUCCUGGUGCUCAGAACAGUCCCUACCAGCUUCGACGCAAGACCCUGCUACCCAAGAGAACCACAGCUGCUUCUGCCACCGCCUCUGCCUGUCCCAGCAAGGGUCCUAUGGAGGGAGCCUCCACUUCAUCAACAGAAGCCUUUUGCCAUCGAGCCAAGCGGGCACGAGUGUCCGGUAAGAGCCACGACCUCCCAGCAGCCCCAGCAGAACAAUAUCUGCAGCAGAAGCUCCCAGAUGAGGUUAUUUUGAAGAUUUUCUCCUACUUACUGGAGCAGGACCUAUGCCAGGCAGCUUGUGUCUGCAAAAGAUUCAGCCAGCUAGCAAACGAUCCCAUCCUCUGGAAACGCUUAUAUAUGGAUGUGUUUGAGUAUACACGUCCCAUGAUGCAUCCUGAGCCCGGCAAGUUCUACCAGGUCAACCCUGAGGAGUAUGAACACCCAAACCCUUGGAAGGAGAGCUUCCAGCAGCUAUAUAAAGGGGCUCAUGUAAAGCCAGGCUUUGCUGAGCAUUUCUACAGUAGCCCGAGCAGAUACAAAGGCAGAGAUAAUAUGCUGUAUUAUGACACCAUUGAGGAUGCACUGGGUGGGGUACAGGAAGCCCACUUCGAUGGCCUCAUCUUUGUUCACUCUGGCAUCUAUACAGAUGAGUGGAUUUAUAUAGAGUCCCCCAUCACCAUGAUUGGCGCAGCUCCUGGUAAAGUAGCAGAUAAGGUGGUGAUCGAGAACACGCGUGACUCGACGUUUGUCUUCAUGGAGGGCUCAGAGGAUGCAUACGUGGGUUACAUGACCAUAAAGUUUAAUCCUGACGAUAAAUCAGCGCAGCACCACAACGCCCAUCACUGUCUGGAGAUCACCGUCAACUGCAGCCCAAACAUCGACCACUGCAUCAUCCGCUCCACUUGUACAGUGGGGUCGGCGGUGUGUGUGAGUGGACAGGGGGCCUGUCCGACCAUUAAACACUGUAACAUCAGUGACUGUGAGAAUGUAGGACUGUACAUUACAGACCACGCACAGGGCAUUUAUGAAGACAAUGAAAUUAGCAACAAUGCACUAGCAGGAAUUUGGGUGAAAAACCACGGAAACCCUAUCAUUAGACGAAACCACAUUCACCACGGCCGAGAUGUUGGAGUGUUCACAUUUGAUCACGGCAUGGGUUACUUUGAGAACUGUAACAUUCAUCGGAAUCGCAUAGCAGGCUUUGAGGUGAAGGCGUACGCUAACCCCACAGUGGUGCGGUGCGAGAUUCACCACGGCCAAACGGGGGGGAUCUAUGUCCACGAGAAGGGGCGGGGCCAGUUUAUAGAGAACAAAAUUUAUGCCAACAACUUUGCAGGUGUGUGGAUCACAUCCAACAGUGACCCAACGAUACGGGCCAAUGCGAUUUUCAACGGUAAUCAAGGAGGAGUGUACAUAUUUGGAGAUGGGCGAGGUUUGAUAGAAAGUAAUGACAUCUAUGGCAACGCCCUGGCUGGAAUCCAGAUCCGAACCAACAGCUGCCCCAUUGUUCGGCACAACAAGAUCCACGACGGCCAGCACGGGGGCAUCUAUGUGCAUGAGAAAGGUCAGGGGGUCAUUGAGGAGAAUGAGGUGUACAGCAACACUCUGGCUGGUGUCUGGGUGACCACAGGCAGCACCCCUGUUCUCCGCAAGAACCGCAUCCACAGUGGCAAACAGGUUGGCGUUUAUUUCUAUGACAACGGCCACGGUGUUUUGGAAGACAAUGACAUCUACAAUCACAUGUACUCCGGUGUACAAAUAAGGACCGGAAGCAAUCCCAAGAUCCGGCGCAACAAAAUCUGGGGAGGACAGAAUGGAGGGAUUCUGGUGUACAACUCUGGUUUGGGCUUCAUUGAGGACAAUGAAAUCUUUGAUAAUGCUAUGGCUGGGGUGUGGAUCAAGACAGACAGCAACCCCACCUUGAGGAGAAAUAAGAUUCACGACGGUAGAGACGGGGGCAUCUGCAUUUUUAACGGAGGCAGAGGGCUUCUUGAAGAGAACGACAUCUUCAGGAACGCUCAGGCCGGAGUCCUGAUCAGCACUAACAGCCAUCCAAUCCUUCGCAAGAAUCGCAUUUUUGACGGCUUUGCGGCAGGUAUUGAGAUCACUAACCACGCCACGGCAACACUGGAGGGCAACCAGAUCUUCAACAACCGCUUUGGGGGGCUUUUUCUGGCCUCAGGAGUCAACGUCACUAUGAAAGAUAACAAGAUUCUGAAUAAUCAGGAUGCUAUAGAGAAGGCAGUGAGCAGAGGACAGUGUCUGUACAAGAUCUCCAGCUACACCAGUUACCCCAUGCACGACUUCUACAGAUGUCACACCUGUAAUACAACAGAUAGGAAUGCCAUCUGUGUCAACUGCAUCAAAAAAUGUCACCAAGGACAUGAUGUGGAGUUUAUACGGCAUGAUCGGUUUUUCUGUGACUGCGGAGCAGGAACGCUGUCCAACCCUUGCACGCUUGCUGGAGAGCCCACACACGACACGGACACUCUGUACGACUCGGCGCCGCCUAUCGAGUCCAACACGCUGCAGCAUAACUGAAGCCGUGUGGUCAAGCAAACACCCUCACAUAAGCAGACAAACACACAGCCACACACACAUCCAUCUGCAGCCGUAAGGACCCAGAGAGACUCUGACUGCGGCGCUCUCGGAUGGGGUGGAGUUUUAAGAUGCUGCAAAGGAAGCAGCUUUUUUUUCUUUUCUUCCCCCCACCCCCAUCGGUAGUCGGACUUGAUGCGAUGGAGGGAGAAGCUGAGGGAAGACACACAAGAACGGCCAUGAGAGAUUUCUUACUGAACUAAGAAGAGGGUAGAGGAGGAGGGUGGAGCCAGUGAGCUGCUGACAUCAGCAGCUGGCGUUUUGAGCGUAAAUGUCGGCGCUCGGCCCUUCCUCUUUACCUUCUCCAGAAGUGAUGCCGCAAAGACUUCCUGCUUCCUUGCAGCAUCCAAUCCUUAUUGACUGUCCAGGAAGUUGCAACACUGCAAUGAAAGGGUGGAUGUUGCUGUGUGUGGACUAAAAAAAAUGUGUGUUUGACGGAGCACUUGGGCUUUUUUUUGUCUUUUUUUUUUACUUUUAAAUAUAAAUAUAUAUAUAUGUUCCGAUCAUUGGAUUUUAUUUCAAUGCUUUCUCACGUAGUUUUGUAUUUUCAAGCAAAAAGCGAUCUGUAUUUGAAUGUCUUUUAUUUUUAUGAUAUAAUUAUUAUUAUUAUUAUUAUUAUUUGGUUAGCGUCCUCCUCCCACCUCGUCAAAAAGCGCAGAAACUCUGAUCAGCCCAGUGGUGAAAUUCUUUCUGUGAAAGAGAAUCUGGUUUAAACACUAAACCCUCUCCGGUGUGUUGGUUUAAAUGACGGGUGGAGCGACUCCAUGCUUGUAUAAAGACGUGUAUGUAAAUGUGGUGUACAGUGCAGGUUGCGCGUGUGUUUGUGUGUGCGUGUUUCUAAGCCGAUGCAGUCUGUGCUUUGCCGAGAGGGUUUCAACAGGAGGCGUCCGAGCUCCUUCUGAACUGGAACUGAAGAGUCGCCCUGCAGCGCCCCCCCCCUCCCUCCUGUGUAUUGUGGUGACUGUGGCUCCUCAUGCAGCCUGAAUCGAAUGCAUGUACCAUAACAUCUAGACUUAAUAUAUUGUGAAGUAUUCAAUAACCAUUAUGUAGAUGCUAGUUGGAAUUCAAAAAGGGGUAUACUUUCUUAGAAAGAAAAAAAAACAGAAAAGACUGGCCAUUUCUAAGAAAAUAAAUCUUUAUUAGCUCUAA